AUGGCCCCACGCGAGGCAUCGCAUGAGCCUGACAGCACGCCUGUUCCCGUGGAGAGAGGCUACGCCACUUUGGCGACCUUGAGGAUUGGGGUGAAGGUUUUUGUGGAAAAGGAUGGCGAAAAGCGCAAAGCGGAGAUCCUCUCCAUACAGCAGCGGAAGGGCAAGCCAACAUUCUACGUUCACUACGACGAGUUCAACAAACGCCUGGAUGAGUGGGUGUCAGCCGAGCGGCUCGAUCUCAGUCGCGAAGUCGAAUGGCCAGCGCCCGAGAAGCCCCCCAAAAGCAAGACAACCAGUGCCCAGAGCAAAUCGCAGCCCGCCCAAACCUCGACAUCGAAAUCACAGAAGAGCAGUCUCAAGCGGCAGCGCUCUUCGAAGCUCGACCGGGAUGUUUCCGCGACACCCGAGUCUGUCGUCUCCAACGUCCCCAGCAAAGCCGCCCGGCCCUCCAAAGCCGGCGGCAAAGAAAACCGAGAAGAAAUCGCCAUCAUAGCGACAGAAGUUGGCGACGACUCAACCCCGAAACCCGAAGAUGACGAGAUGGACCUCGUCGACGUGCAAGACGCAGCCGCAGCCGCCAAAGCCGCACCCCCCGAGAUCUACUCGCGAGAGGACGAGCUCGAAAAACUGCGCACAUCCGGCUCGAUGACGCAGAACCAGACCGAGAUCUCACGCGUGCGCAAUCUCGACCGCGUCCAGAUGGGCCGGCACGAGAUCGAGCCGUGGUAUUUCUCGCCCUACCCGAUCGAGUUCAGCGACGCGGACAUGGUCUAUAUUUGCGAGUUCUGCCUGUGCUACUUUGCAGAGAUGAAGCAGUUUGAGCGACAUCGGAGGAAGUGCACGCUGCUUCACCCGCCUGGCAACGAGAUCUACCGCGACGAGUAUGUCAGCUUCUUUGAGGUCGACGGACGCCGCCAGCGGACGUGGUGUCGCAAUCUGUGUCUGCUGUCGAAACUGUUUCUUGACCACAAGACGCUAUACUUCGACGUCGACCCCUUCCUGUUCUACUGCAUGACCACCCGCGACGAGCACGGCUGCCACCUGGUCGGCUACUUCUCGAAAGAAAAAGAGAGCGCAGAAGGCUACAACGUCGCCUGUAUCCUAACGCUCCCGCAAUACCAGCGCAAAGGCUUCGGUCGCCUCCUCAUCGCCUUCUCCUAUGAGCUCAGCAAGCGCGAGAACAAGCUCGGCAGUCCCGAGAAGCCGCUCAGCGAUCUAGGGUUACUGGGCUACCGCGCAUAUUGGCAAGAGACAAUCGUCGACCUGCUGAUGGACGGCCGCACAGACGCGAACAUCGAGGAGCUGGGCGCGGCGACGGCGAUGACUACGAAUGAUGUGCUGCACACGUUGCAGAAUCUGAACAUGUUGAGGUACUCGAGGAAUCAACACGUUAUCGUCUUGACGGACGCGGUUAUAGAGCAGAGAGAGCGCCAGCGCCAGAAGGAGAAGGCGAAGGGCGCUCAUCGCAUCGAGCCGGAGAAGCUGAGCUGGAAGCCGCCGGUGUUCGCUGCAUCGGCCAGGACGUGGAACUGGUAG